CAGAAUUCAAACUACCCAAGGGUCUUGUUUGUGGCUUGUAUUUGAGUCUGUUUGUAUGUCAAGUACCAGCUGAAUUGAGGACCGCAGACAAUUUAAAUUUCCAUAAUGAGUUCGAACUGUCGUUGUAUAUUUCAUUGGAAACUUUUUAUCUUCAUUCUUUUAUCUGUUUGGCAUCUACCUUCUACGAGCGGCCAAGGUUAUUUUCCAAACCUUGUGGAUCUUGCCGUACUUAAGCCCAUCAGUUCUUCUUCAACUUGUGGAGCAACGUCUAGUAAAUAUUGUCAGUCUUCGACUAGAGCAUCUUCUUUGCAGAUUUGCGAAGAAAGAACGUGUAAAUUUGAUUGUUGUUCAAGCUGCGGCGACAGCAAGCCCGUUGCUAGAGAUUUGGCGGAAUUUUCAAGCAAGCAAGGUGUCACACAAGACGGUGAUCCAAGAAAUGGAUCAAAUGUUAGCUCUUUUCGAUUUCAGGGAAACUCUGUUAUAUUACCUCUCAGGGUUCCUUCAAUAAACUACGUAAACCCUGGAUUCACAGUCAGUGUGUGGAUUAAACAGAAGGCAAGAAACAAAGGGUAGGUAUUAAAGGAAAAGUGAGCUUUCCUACUUAAACGCCAAAAGAAUUGUUUAGCUUAGGGUCUCACAUGUGCAAGUGACACAAAAACAACGGGGUACACAUUUAAUUAAUGGUGAUGUAAUGUAGGAAAGAGUACACACUUUUGUAUAUUGUUUAUCGAAUCUUCUUACAACAACUUAUUGAAAUGGACUCCAGCAAGUGUGAUCAACAUUAAGGUUUACAAGCUAAACAGAUUCAUAGAGCUCAGAACUAUUCAUAUUUUAAAAUAACACUUUGCUAAUCAGACAUUUUAAUGUUUGAUCAUUGAAGCAUGCCAGAAUACUCAUCUUUAUGAUUUAAACUUGAGUACUUAGGCCCGAUUCUUACACCGCACUUUUCAUGUUAAACUAUUGUACAUGUAGGCCAGUUUACCCAUGGACUGGAAGGGGUUUCACUUAAUCCGUGAAUUGACCGGCAAACAGAGCUUGAAUCGGGAUAAAACUCAUGAAAUUCAGUCUUGAUUCGUGAAUUUAUUAUAUUCACUGUGACACAUGAUCCGUUAACAUUGUAGUUUGUGAAUCAAGAUUUCUACCAAUAAAACAGAUGUAAGUAUGGUGACGAGGGUUCAAAGUUAAACCAUGUAUAAGUGAAAAAACUAUUGUUGAGCUUCGAUUUUAUAGCAAUAAAAUUCAUUGCCAGUCAUCUUUGUAGUCAUCAAACAAAAAAGCAGAGAAACGCCAGUUUGAUCACCAUACUUUUUGUUUCCUUCUCAUCAUGGGGUCAUAUUUUCAUACCAACUCUUGCCUACUAUAGUAGUCUGGCAAGCAAUAUUUAAGAAUCAUUGAUGGACUUGAAACCACUCCAAAAGGUAAAGCGACUCGUGGAUGUACAGAAAUUUAACCUGUGGUUUAAGAUCCCUACACCCCCAGUCCUUCCAGACCCUGUUACCCUUAUAGGAGUGAUAGCGGCUGAGACUCACCCAGACACCAAAACACCCUUUUUUUGGUGGGCUUAUACCUGCCAACUGGCUUAUAUGCCGUAUGCGUGAGUGUCACGGCUGUUGACUAAAGGCAGUGAUCUCUUGCAUCAGGGACAUCAUACCUGACUCACAAAUCUGGAUUAAUGGUUAAAGAUCAUAAGAACAUCUUCAGACAACCUUAGGAAGUCUUCAGAAAAUCUUGGGAAAUUCUCAGAAGUCACUGGGAUAUUUUCGGAAAUCCAAGUUAUGACAAGCCCAUUCUAGGGUUCACAGCCAUUUUUAGGAAUUAACCACACCCCCUGACCGCCCCUUCCUCACUUCUUGAGGAAUUUGAAUAUAAAUUAACCCUGACUGAAUUUUUUCAUCUUUUCUUUUUUAUAACUGCAGGACAAUAAUUUCUAAAGAUGAAAACACAGGUCCAAAUUUUGCCAAUGUAUAUCAACUGGUCAUUCAAGACUACAACCUUAUGUUUUUCUACCGGCCUACCACUGGAAAUGCAUCUGUCACAACGUACAACCUUCUGCAAAGUCAAAGUGAAAAACUGCAGCCAGAUGAGUGGCAUUUGAUAACUGUUACUGUUAUUGAUAGAGGAUUGUCAUAUUAUAUUGAUGGAGAACUUAUGAAUGCAAAUUAUGCAACUCUGACAGGGCCAAUCUCUGAUGGAGGAGGAACUAUCCGGAUUGGACAGAAAUAUGGAGGUGAGUGUCUGAAAGGCUAAAAGCACAAGUUGCCACAAUUUUUAGGGUCAGUUUGAUCUUCUGUUAUUGCAAAAAAUGUGAAGAAUAAGUAGUUAAACUCAUCGGCAAUAGAUGAGCUUGGGAACUGGUGCCUUAAAGGUUGGACGGGAGCCUGAAUGUCUCAGGCAUAGCAAGGAGGUAUCCAUGGCAACCCUGCGAGCGGGAACCACCCCUGCAUGCAGCCACCAACUGGUACCGUCACACUGAAAGAAUUCAGUGGAAAAUACUCACGUAACCUAAUACUUACCAAUGCACAGAAGGGGAGGGACAGGCUGGGAGCCAGAAUCCGCAAUGAUUUGCUGAGCAAUAGAUCCGCAAAGAUCAGCUCAAAAAUGCCAGCCUGAGAUGCAACGUAAGUCACAAGAUAAACAAAAGACCCCUGCAGACACCCCUCAGAUCACAUACUCUUGGGGAGGAGACUGCUGUCCGUAUUAGCUUGCAAUUUAUCUUUGCCUAAAUUACAUUUAGCCACAUAAUUCAGUCUAUAAGUCCAGCUUAGAGCCUUGCAAUCAUGUCAACUUUCCUUAGAGUAGAAACUUGCUUCAAUUUGACCUAGACAAUUCUCCAUAAAAUUCCCCCUGGUCUAUGAAGAAUGAGGGGCGGGGGGCUAUUAAGCAGUUCAGAAAAAAUGAAGCAAUGGGCGAUUCCAGAAAAUAUCCAUACCAUACCACGGAAGGCUUUAAGGAUUUCCGAAGGGGAGGGGGGAUUCACGAUUAUGGAAUUCUGAAGGCAUGGGGGUAUUUACGAUUUGAAAUCCGAAGGUAUGGGGGAAUUCCACAGGUGGGAUUUCUGGAGUAGAAAGUGUAGAGUAAGUUCCUGGAAAACGCUAUUGUUGUGGACUUUUGUAGUUCGUAAAUAAACCACGAACGUAUGACUGCGGAAGCAGAAGACAAGCAUCGAUAGAUCAGACACGUGUUUACGCUCAUAACUUAUAGAAGUGAACAGUAAAACGUUGGUCACAUUUACCUUGAUGAAUUUCUUGUCACGUGAAUAAAAACUGAAAAUGUAUCUUUUAAUACCGCUUGCAAAUUUCUUGUUACUCCCGUCCGAAACUGUCCGAUAAACAGUAAAAAACUCGCACCAGUCCCUCACUUCCAAGGAACGCCUGUCAGAUUAGAACGCUUUUCGUGCGCACUACAUGAUUUAUAAAACGACGCAACACGACUCGACGAUAUAUUUGACCGCCAAAAGAUUUUAACAGUCUGUUUGAGCUAUUUUCCUUUGUAAACGUCAAAACAGCACAAGAAAACAAAGAGGAGUAAAAUUACCUUAAGUGGUGUUUAUUUUUAUAGCCAAAUUCGGACUUAAAAAGGAGUUUGCGCGGCCUGGCAACUAGCGUAGGUUUUUCUUGUCACUGAAGAGUAAAGCUUGUCACCUGGCGCCACUAGAUCACAGCCUUGACGAGGCAUAAAUUCAUGUUCAUUUGUUCUUAUAGGCGUUGCUAAGUCGAAAAUGUACUUCCAAAAAAAACCGGAAAUUCUGAAGGGGAGGGGGGGUUCACGACUAUGGAAUUCUGAGGGCAUGGGGGGGUAGCGCAUUUUGGAAUUUCCGAAGGCAAGGGGGGGUUAAAACAUGGAAGCCGUCCGUGGUUGGGUAUGGAUAUUUUCUGGAAUUGCCCAAUGAAUUAAAAGGAGACAGACUGAUGAUUAAUAUUAGUGUUGCUUUAUUACUGCAAAUAUCUUCAAGUAACUGUCAAGAUUGUUCAUCAGGAGAAUGCCUCAGUAUGAUGCAUGCAAAAACAAAAGUUUUAAGUCAUAUACAGAGAUGAGAGAUGAGCUUGGUGGGAGGUGCUUGAGUUGCCGGUUCGGGCCAUGAACUACAGCUGAGCGCAAUGCAUAACCAUGACAACCUGGGAGUGGCAUCCACCGAGGCACUGUGACAUACUGACCAUAUACCGGUACUUACCAGAGGGGAGGGAUGGGUAGGGAGCAGAAAAACACUUUCAAAAGCACUAGUGAUGAUCGGCAACGACAUACAAAUGAAAUGACUUGACCUCAAGCAAAUGGCUGUAAAAAGACCCACCAGCCUCUGUGAUGCAGGUAGGGUGCCCCCACAUAUCACCAAUGAGAGAGACAGCUGACCAGCACUGUCUCAAGCUUAACUUUGCCUAAUAAAUAUUAAUUUUAUUAGUCUACAUGUAUAUACAUUUUAUAUUCUUAAUUUAAGAUAACUGUUGUACCAUUUCUAGGUCUUGACCAGUAUGAAGGGUUUAUGCAGGAUAUUUUGAUGUAUGACAGAGCCUUGACCAACAGGUAAAUACAACCCAGACCUCUUUUUCCCUCUUGAAUAUGUGGUUUUAUAAACUCCCAGGUCCUUAGUUAAUUUAUUGGAGGUUUGGACUCUAUAAAUGUCCGUGAAUUGCCAACAUGUGGUUCUGUUGGUUCUACUCAAUCUCAAUGCUGAGAAAAUUUUGUAAAAAUUUCUAUCAUGAAUUUUUUUAUAUAAAUCAUAUAGUUUUUUAGUAAAAUUUUAAUACUUUUUAAAUAUUUCCUUAUUCACAUUAUUUUUUAAACUAGCUUUUUUAUUAGGUCCAAUUAAUAUUUUGUAAAUUUUAAUCAUGUAUUUUUUAUAGUUUUUUGUCAGUUAAUGUGAUUUUAGAUGUAAUACGCAUUUGAUCAUAUGCACAUGAAAUUUGCGUAUUAUAACCAAUUAUUUAGUGACAAAUUUAUUACUGCGGACUCAGGUUGAGUGCUUAAUGACGUCCGUUAUCGCGUUCGUUAUCACGGUUGAUUGGUUGUGUUGCGAGGCAAAUUGUCAGACGUUGCUAGGCGGGGAUGAUAUCGUUCUGUCUUACUAUUUUACAAACAGAGUAACUCCAGUAUAUAUUUUCGAAGAAGAACUUAUGAGCCUGGAAUACUGCAAGUUCGUAGAACACAUUGUGAACGAGGUGCUCCAUCUCCGAAGGAUGAAUUCAUUGCGACUUACAGUAAAGGAAGAUGAAACUGUUGACGUGGUAGAUUUGUCCAGAAAGUAUUUCAGCUUGCAGAUGAACGCUUUGUUAGACAAAGGAAGUAAGAGCAUCAGAAUAAGAGUCUUUGAAUUCACUUCGCCAGCCGUAGAUAAUGGUAUUGAUUACAGAAUAGAAAACAUGGCUGAGACGGGAGCAGAGGAUCGCAAACUAACACGGAUGCAUGUUCGACACUCACUAAAUUUACAAAUCGACCGGGAAAUAUCAUUGUUAGUGGGUUACCUCCUCCAUCAAUGAUUUUAUCGAUGAUGAUAUGUCUUAGAUCAGAAGAUAAAGGUUUUCCUGGGAUAUAAGAGCGACGGCUCUUGCUUUAAUACGGUCAACAUGUUUACAUUCUUUAACGCGCCUUUCCUCCGACAGAUCACUGUCAUCCCCGCCUAGCAACGUCUGACAAUUUGCCUCGCAACGCAACCAAUCAACUGUGAGAACGAACACGAUAACUGACGUCAUUAAACGCUCAACCUGAAUCCGCAGUAUUAUUAUUAUAAAUUAUAUGUUAUAUUCAUUUAUACUCACCAUUUGAGACUGGUGACACUGUUUUGAAUGCCUCUUGUUAUUCUUUUGUGAUAUUUUUGUUUUUUUGUUGAUAAUACAUGUAUAUAUUUUAUUUUUCUUCAAUAUAAUUAUUGUACUGUUAUUUUGGUAAAUGUCAUUUUUAUGUCUAGGACUUUGAUUCUUCUUGAUCUGUAACUGUACACAUACAACAUAAUUUAAGAUUCUGCUGAUUGCCGUAGGCAGGGAAGGGUCAAAGGCCUCAUUAUAAAACCUUAAAACAUUUUAUUCAACCACUCAUUCAUUUAAUAUUCCUUAAUUUCUUUAUUUUUUCAGGGAAGCAAUUGAGCUUUUCACAGGUGUCCUGCCAUCAGCUUAUGUUGCUAGUAAUUGCCGUUGUCCACCCACGCAUCCCAAAAUCAAUGCUGCUGAGCCAGCAAAGUGCCUGAAAAAUUUGGAAGGAAAUGCCACUGACACAGUGUCUCGCUUAGCAGAUACAGCACAUCCUAUAGAGUUUGCAACCGAUGGGGAUACACUUAGUUUCUGGCUGUCAGAGAUCACUGAAAAUGUUACCAUUGAUAUUAAUUUAAAAUACACUGGAUUUCAGGUACAUCAGGGCUUUUGAUGAGUUUUUUCAAUUUGAUCAGUGUUGAUUAAGUUAUUUUUAUUUUCCGUGUUGCUUUUGUAAUCAUUUUAUGAGCCAUACGGGAGAAGUAAUAAUGAAAAGGGUACCUCCAGGCAUGAUGUUAAGCCAUCUGCCAGCUAUUGCCUGAACUUAUGUUCAAGACAAUCCCGAUCAUCUCAAUCCCUGUUUCACAUUUUUUUGGGAUAUGAUCGACAGAUACAAGUAUUAAUGCCUUGUGAUAGUUGACAAUAAUGUUCCUAUUUAUUAACAUCUAGAACUAAUGAUACCCAAAGAUCUUAGUUAAAUUCAAUAAUAUCAUUGUAUUUACAUGUACAGAAUCAAAAAGACCAAUACAUUUUAUUUAUUGUACUUUUCAGGUGUUUUAUAUCGUCUUGACAUUCUAUGGGCCUUUGCCUGGUGCAAUAACAAUUGAGCGAUCAACAGACAGUGGAAGUACUUUCCAGCCCUGGCAGUACUUUGCAGAAGAUUGUGUGGCAUCGUUUAAUCUACAAAAUAAUGGCCCUUUGUCUGAACCAGAUUCAGUCAACUGUAUUCAGUACAUCAAGUGAGUUUCAGGUGUAUUUCUUGCCUAAGCUUUGGGCCUUGACAAUAAACUUAUUUUUUGCAAUGGUACAGUCAGGUAGAUCGUUGUUGUUGCUGAUUGUCGAUUAGCAAAUCUGUUAUGAAUUGACAUCUCCUCAUGAAUUGUUCUUUAGGCACUUAUAUAAGCAAAAAAAAUAAAUUACAUGUAACCCUCAUUCAAAAUAAUUCCUGGUUUGAAAACAUACUAGCUAAAACAUGCUUACCUGCAUCGAUGUUAAGUUCAUCUUUGAUAUACUGUACGUUUAGGUUUGUCCAGCUCGGCAAAUAUUCUCCAAAUAGCAGAUGUCGCCCUCCAAGUUGUCUUCUUGCUGUUUUUGCCAUGUUUUUAGCUAUUAUUUUGCCUAGUUCCAGUUCUUACUCUUGAAAUGAGUGAAACGUCUGCCUUUUUUUUUUCACAACCAAAACAACUCAACCUCGUUCCCUGGUCUUCUCGGUAACAGUGCCUUAACCUGUCAGAGGGCUGCAUUUUUGACGUCUUUUCCUCGUUAAACACAAAAUUCUUCCAAAUUUGGUCAUCAGUAACUGGUUAUGGUGAAUUAUGCUUAUGCUUUAAGCCAAUCAGAAUCGGGGAAAUAUUUUGAUUGAAUAAUAAACAUGUUUAAUUGUCCAUUGUCUGUUAUACACAUUAUAACUUAACCUACAGCCAACUUUUAUCAAAGACAAUUUGACAUCUGAUCUAUCAAAAGAUGAUUAGAAUCUUGUUCCUCUGUGAUUCUGUUAGACCAUGAGACUCAAGUUACUUCAUAAGAUCAAGAUAUUAAUUUUUGUGAUUGUAUCAAAUUGGAAAUUAUUACUUUUAAAAUAAAAAUGUUUGUGUACUUUUUAAAAAUUUCCAGGCCAUUACAGUCAAGCCGAGAGGCCCUUGCAUUUCAGACAGAGUAUCCACCCCCUUCUGGCUCCAAUAUUCCUGUUCGGCCAUUUGGUCAGGGAUGCAGCAACCUUUAUUGCUCAGAGAAACUCCUUCAGUUUUUGAAAGCCACUCAUGUCAGGUUGCAUUUUGUCAAUCAUACCCUCGUACAGAAUCCUGAGCACCGCUAUUAUGGGCUGGAAAGAAUACUGGUAACUGGGAGGUAAAGUUUGUAAAAGUAGCAUAAUUACAUCAUAGUAACCUUACGGGCAUUUUAAUGUGGCCUUUAGCGAGCAUUUCUUCACAAGGCUGUUGAUCGAGAGCACAAGUUUCUAAAAUUAUGUAUUUGUAAAAUGAAAACAAUUCAGAGUUACUUUUUGUUUGCCUGAUCGGUUGUCAAAGGAUAAAACUUCAAGCAGUAACAAUAGUGAUACUUUUACAUGUAAUAAUAAUAUUUUGGUUUGUGACAUUACAUGGAUUUCUCGCAUUUUUCACUGCCCUUUUCUCCAAAAGACACAGCCAACAUCAUCACUGAAAUUCUCAGUUAUCAUUCUUUGUAAAUUAACUUUCCACUAGAAGUGAUUUGAGCCAGGCGGUAAAUAUAUAAUGGUAAUUAAACUGAGUGGAGUGCAAUUUGGUCUCAAAUCAUACGCGUGAUUUCAAAAUCGAACGAGCGCGCAGCCCGAGUUCGAUUUGAAAUCACAAGUAUGAUUUCAGACAAAAAUUGCACGACACGAAGUUCAAUUACCACUUUAUUACAUCCAUUUUGAAAUCGCAGAAUUUAGUCAGUUCUAAUAUUUUAUUGAUCGAGUAGCCGGUUUGUUAAAAAGCGGAAACAAAAAGGCUUUUACAUCUCAUUUUGUAUUCGAAGCAGAAAUGAUGCGAUAUAGAACAAAAAUGGUGCGAUUUAAAACAGAAAUGAUGCGAUUAAGAACAUGAAUGACGCGAUUUGGAACAGAUGCGAUUUAGAGCAAAAAAUGGUGCGAUUUAGGAUUAAAUCACAUUGCUGAGAACCAAUCAGAUUGCACGGAUAGCCAGUGAUUUCAAAGCGGAUGUAAUAAAAAUAGUCAUACUGUAGAACAUAGAGAAUGUUACCGUGCUAGCAGAGAUUUCUUAAUUUCUUGCAUGGCUGUUAGUAUUUAUGAAGUCGUUCCUCACGUCUCAUGUCAGUCGCAAAGUCAGUUUGCUCUGUUCGCAAGGUAAAGAGAUCUUGGUUCUGAUUACUAACGUGUCCUCUACAUUAUUUGAAAACCUCACUCUAGACUAAUUACCCAGCAAUUAGCUGUCAGCUAUGGCCUUAGUUACCUUACACCUUGAAAGCACUUUUACAUUUACAGUCAAAACCUAGCCUGCGUAAUAGGUGCCGGUUUUGUUAGCGUGAAGGGAAGAAUUUCGAAGACGCGCGCGCGCACGAGGGGAGAAAGGAGAUGAGACCUCCUUUCCCCUUCUCGCGCUCUCCUCGCGCGCUACAUUGUGUUUACAAAAAUUUAAUAACCAAACAAAUUAACCGGCGCCUGCCAUGCAGGCUAGUCAAGACUGCUUAACUUAAUAUGUUGGAAGAAAUGAGGGAAUAUUUGUAAUUUAAAGUAUUUGUUUGACACUUUUUAACUGAAUAUACGAUAAUUAUUUCUUCUGUUUUACAAGGUGUGAGUGCUUUGGCCAUGCAUCAACUUUCUUCUACAUUGAAGGCAGUGGAAAUCAAAUAGGCCGAUGUGUUUGCAACUGUCAACCGUCAACUAAUACUGAAGGAGAAAAUGUUAGUUACUGUGAUUUCUUGUUAUUGUCUCUUUUACUUCCUUAAGACUAAAAUGAAAUAUCAUUCAAGAAAAAUUAUGCUCAAUUUCAUUCAUUAUUGACAUACAGAAAAACUAACAGUAGGGAUUUUAAGAUGUCAAGACGUCGACUUCAACGAGAACGCCAAAAAAGUAAUAGGUUUAAUCUUCCGGGUACAUUUCUUUGCCGUCACUGCACGACUACAAUGUGGAAUUGCCUAAUAAGCGAUUUGCAUGAUGACGUCUUUUUACUACUAAGACCAUAAUUCAUUUCGUUUUUUCCUUCAUAUAUAGAUGUGAUAAUCCCAGUGAGGUUUAAAUAAUCAAAGCCCUAAUUUGUACAAGAAAGCAAAACCCUAAAGGAUUCUGGUAGUAGUAGUAAAAUGACACCAUCCUUCAAAUGGCUAUUUCACGUUUUAUCAAACGUGUACAAACGACUGCGAAUUGCUCUCUCUAUGGAUACUUGGAUAUUUUAGGAGUUUUUGACACAGCGAGGGAGUUGGGAUAUUGGCCCUGGCGUUUCUAAAAACGCGAAGUCACCGGGCUUUAAGUGACGUUUUCACUGCCAUCGUUGUCUUGGUUACAAUAAUAGCCUGUGAAAGAAGUGCUAGUUUAUUUGAUUGUUUUCCUUGAAAUAAAUUGUGAGGUCGCGAAGGGGUUACAUUUGGAUAGUCAAACAAUAGGAUUUGUUCGGUGCACAUACACAAAAGUAGUCAUAACAGACUCUGAAUUUUAAGAGCGUCAAACUUUGGUUCUCGGAAGUUCAUAUAUUGAUGAGCUAUUGCGGACGACAAGCGGAGUCCGCAGUCCUAAUCUCCAGGUUUUUAUUACGCAUUCGUCGUAUGUAUGUAGCCAGUAUGAGUUUGGACUUCCACUAAGAAUGAAUGGAAUGCACAGAACGCAAUUCGAUCACGCGCGUACGCGCGUCUGGACGUUCUAUCACUCGUAAUCUUAUCACGCCUGUUUUGACCAUCUGUCACGUGAAACUUACGCAAAGCACAUCGUUGGAGCAAAAGCGUUUUGACCUUUGAUCGUACUCGCCAGCACUCCGUAACCUUUGGUUAUUACUAGUAUUAAUCGUAAUUUUUUUUUUCAGUGUCAUCGUUGCAAGUCCUUAUACAACAACAAGCCAUUUUUACGAGGUGAUCGAGAUAACGCCAACCCCUGCAUCAAGUGCGAGUGUAAUGAUCAUGCCAAUAGCUGCAUUUAUAAUCAGACCCUAGAUACAAAUCCCAACUCACGCACUGUCGGGGGAGGGGGUGUGUGCAUCGAUUGUCAGCACAAUACGACUGGCCGUUACUGUGAGAUGUGUAAGGAAAUGUUCUAUAGGGAGUCUGGGAAGAGUCUUAAGGCUCGUGACGUGUGCACGCCCUGUGGAUGUGAGGGGCCUGGAGUGCUGCCUGGAAAGUUGGAUUGCGUCAAGGUAGGCAGUGUGUAAUUAGCCUUUGUGACAGUCAGUGCGAAAUAGGAGAAGACGUUUCUCUCCUUAAAUGACCAAAAGUAAAUUUUCAAGAAAACCUUUAGACGUAGGUUCGAAAUCCAGUGGAAUUCGCUGUUUCUUUUGUGUUUUACAGAGUCAAACAUUGUUGUAGGCUCGAAUGGUUAGAAAAUUUUUAUUUAAAUAGUUGUUUUACAGAAAAAGGUGACUUUACGGUUUACUUAAAAACGUAUGAUAGUGGCCCGGUAUGACAACUUUAUAUAUAUUUUUCCUACUUAGUUUCUGUUACACUUACACUUUAGUUUGACCUACUAAAGACAGGUUAUUUGCAUUAGUGUCUCCAAUCAGAAAUCAUGUUACCAUGGAGUUGCAUGGCGACUAAACGGUCAACCAAUGAAGCGAAACCACUCUUAUCUUGCGUAGACCUCCUUGCCUGCUCAAUAAAGACAUUUAAUAACUUAGCGAUAUUUAUCCAAGGUCCCGUUGGUAUGGACGCUUCGACUUCGCAAAAAGCAUCUUCUUUAUCAGCACCUUCUUUAUCUGUACCUCAGUAUUUCCACACACUUAGUAAAAAUUCUUGAAUUCAUGUUAUUCGCUGCUUUGUUCUUCAAACUACUUUCAAUGAUUGUAUUAUAAGUAACGAUUGUAUUGUAAGUAGUUCUUUUCUUAACGAGCUGCGCAUUCGGGAUGAAAUGCUCACGUUACUUUCGGAAUUGACCCGUUGGCUUCUGCUUGCCUUUAAAGUGCUGUAAAUUAAUUUAGACUGCAUCAAAUCUCAUCCUAUAAAUAUCUUAUACCAGCCUAGUCCCAAAUCCCAAUGCGUUUUCGGCUCGGUCAAACCCACACCCUGCUCUGAGCCGUGAUGUCACCGAAAGAGACUAGCCGACCCCCCAGGCUUUGUGUGGACAGCAAGGAGAAAACGCGUAGGGACUGGGCUAAUAUUAUACAUCUCUUAUUAGGAUAAUUCGAAUUCAAGCGUUCUUGCUGGUCAGUGUGAGUGUAAGGCUUACACAGUUGGGCGUGAAUGUGAUCAGUGCAAAGAUGGCUUCUUCGAUCUCAAAGCGAGUCACGCGACUGGUUGUGUUUCAUGUGGGUGUGUGUUAGAUGGAACGCAAAACAGGAACAUUUCAUGUGAUAGCUCUUCAGGACAGUGUUACUGCAAGGACAGAGUGACAGGUAAACUAGCUUGAGAAGACUAUUGCCACCACUGGUUUCUCGCGAAAUGACUUCUGAGAAAUGAGCGCAGAAAUUCCAUACUGAUGACGUGUUACUACCAAGAUAUGAGUGGUGGUGCUCAUGAGAUGAAGCAGAUUUUCAGCCAAUCAGACGCACUACCCAGAUCUUGAAUAGUGACACGUCAUCAGUAUCGAAUUUCUACGUUCGUUUCUCAGACGUCAUUUCGUGGGGUAACCAGUGGUGACGAAGCGAAAUGUCGGCUGUUUUUUCGACUACAGGUAAACAGAACUUUUAGAUUCUUCUUUGUAUCGAUGUUCUCUUUUUCAACAUUGUGUGGUGCAGGGAAAUGCUGAAAGAAGAAAGUUCCUCGAGAUAAGCGUGUUAUUUUUUAAUAACUACUUUAUUGCAAGACACUACAUAUAUUGGGAGACACUACGUACGAUACUUCCACCUUUGCUUUACCUAGACCUGGAAAUUCAUUUCAAAACUUGCUCUUCAAGGAUAACUAUAACUUGAUUAUCAAACUAAUCGUUUUUCCAUCAUCAAGUUAUAGUGAUUGUUGAAGAUCAAGUUUUGAAAUGAAUUUCCUGUUCUAGGUAAAGCAAAGGUGAAAGGAGCGUACGUAGUGUCUUGCAAUAUGAACCUGAGAAAUAUUUGCGUAUAGAAUACAAAAUUUAUAAAUGCUUCUAGGCUUUCUAAAAGUCCGUUUUGGUUGGGUUUCGCUACUCCAAAAAGUCGGCUUGUGAGGAAGUUUUUAAGUAGAAUACACGAGACGAUUCGUAACGGUGAUUCUUAGCCCAAUACAAUGUCGCAAUAUUGGAACAAUGUUGCAUCCAUUCGAAAUAAUGUCAUAACAAUGUUGCAACGCUGUGUUGCGCUAAAAUCCGUCGUUGCGAAUCGUCUCCUAUAACGUCACCUUCUAUAAAAGUUAUAAAUCGGCGGAUGCCCGUUUCUAUGGCAGUACAUGUUACCUUACUCUUUACUGUUGUAUAUUUUACAGGUAGGACGUGUAACACAUGCAGAUCUGGGUAUUGGGGUCUUUCUGGACAAGACGCUUUAGGCUGUAAAACAUGUGACUGUGAUCCCUUUGGGACCACACCCGGAAGUGUGAACACGUGCAAUUCAACUACAGGGCAAUGCUCUUGUAAGCAGGGUGUGAUCGGAAGAAAAUGUGAUCAGUGCGCGGAUGGCUACCAUACUCUCACACAAAAUGGCUGCACCUCUUGUAACUGCUCCGUGGAGGGAACGCCUCCAUCGCUCUUGGACAAGUGUAACAAAAACACCGGUGUCUGCUCUUGCAAGCUGAACGUGGAGGGCAAUAACUGUGAUCGAUGUAAAUCAGGAUUUUUUAACCUGUCACAAAGCAACCCUCAAGGCUGUGAACAGUGUGCGUGCGACACCAAAGGCACUGUGGGAGGAUCGGGACAGUGCGAUCAGCAGUCUGGAAACUGUACCUGUAAGCCAUUGGUGAUCGGGCAGAGAUGUAACCAGUGUAAAGUGGGAACGUUUGGUCUCAAUCAAUCAAAUCCCAAUGGAUGUGAACCAUGUAAUUGUUUUCCAAAAGGCACUAUUGAUGGCGACAGAAAAAGUCCAGGUAAGUACACUUCAGCUUAUUUGUGCAAGUUACGUAUAAAGAAAGGCAGGGACCAACCCUAGGUGUCCGUUUUACAGAGGUGUCCUUCUUAUAGAGGUGUCCGUUUCCAUAAUUUGGAAAGAAAUAGUUUCAGGACAGUACCCGGCUUUUUUAAAUACCUACUCUUCUGUUUUAAUCGAGCUUAAUAGACUAGGCCCCAGUUGUUCAAAGGUAGAUAACGCUAUCCACCGAAUAAAUCUCUAUCCACUGGAUAGCGCCACUGGUUUCACUACUACUUGUCUGUUGGAUAGGGAUUUAUCUGGUGGAUAGCGCUAUCCAACUCUUGAACAACUGGGGCCAGAGUUAUAGGGGCUCAAAUCCGCCAAAUCCCACCCAACUAUUAUCUUUAGAUCCUCUUUUUUCCUCCCCUCCCCUCCCCUCACGUUCAGCCAAGAUGGCGUCAAAAGCGAUGAAAAAGUCUGUUUUCUCAGAUAUUUUCUGACUCGGUCUCACUUUACGGGUAUUCAUACGAUUAAAAAUAUCGGAAAACUGCAUGCUUUCACCGACCCGCGUUAACUUUUCGCCUCCUUCUUUUUCAGAUGAGCUUCAAUGUUCUAGUAAUGGCCAAUGUCCUUGUCUGUCCAGCGUGACUGGAUUGCGAUGUGAUUCCUGUGUCUCUGCGUACUAUUGGAAUCCCUCGGGCCAAGGAUGUGUCGAAUGUCGGUGCAAUAAUGUUGGCUCUGUUGGUAGAAACUGUAACGAUACUGGUUACUGCACAUGCAAAGCCAAUAUUGGUGGACGUCAAUGUGAUCGUUGUGUCGCUGAUUACUAUGGUUUUAUAGCUACAGGAAGGUACGAUAUAGAUUAGUAGUGUUCUGAAUCAAUGUAAAAAUAAAGUAACGUUUUUCUUUACUAGCCCAAACGUCAUUUCAACUAGCCCCAAAAACAUUUUGAGGAGCAGAAUUGAUUUCACAGUUCUUCAGUAAUUUGAAUUCCUCAAAAAACUUCACUUGUCCGUCGGGCAAGUUAGGAACAAAAUUCACUAGCCCGAUAGCAAAAUCCACUAGCCCCAGGCUACCGGACACUACUUUCUUUGCACCCUGCCGGGGGAGGGAGGGGGUGGAGUAACGCGUGACAAAACCUUGAGAACGUAUGCAAAGGAGGCUAGAUUACCAAUCAGAAGUUUUUGUUUAGGAAAUGAACGCGUAUUCGCGGAGAAAAACCGGGCCCAAGUGGCUAGCAAAAAAACGAAACUUAACUUUUAAACAGUUAUAAAACUUAGCGGUUAAACACAUUCCCACGACAAGCUGGAAUGCCAUUUGCCAAUUGACAGAUGGAAUGCAGUAUGGUUCACCUCGCUCCACCGUGGGUUCUCCGAAGGUUUUGGGUGAGCUGUGUCCCCCAGGUCUUAGUCGUUGUUACAAAAAACACAAAAUUCAAACCAAAACAACAACAACAAAAUUACGUUUGCAAAGCAUUCAGAUCAGCUGCUAAAUAAGGUUGCAAAGUUUUAUCUCUUAAAUAACUUCACUUUCACCAGUUUUCUUGUCGGAGACAGGAUCAGUGUUUUUAGCCUGGGUAUCCCAUGUCACUAGUGAUUUGGGUACGGGGACUAGUGCCCAAAAUACGGGGAUGCCUAAAUCACUGAAACAGCCCUGGUAAGAAAGAAUCGGCAUGCAAAAUGGACCCAGUCUUUUUCUCCUUUUAAAACUAAAUAGCGACUGCAGGAAAUACUAAGCGGUCGUUCACCCAAAAGGUGGGCGUGUACAGUUCAAUUAAUGAUUUUUGUUGCGAUAGUAAACGUGAAACGAUGAUCCAGUAACUUGAGUCCAGGCCAUUCUGAUUUUCCUCUUGGGAUCAUUUGUGGUUGACAAUGGGGAUCACUUGCGGUCGAGGAUCAUUUGCGGUCUGGGGAUCAUUUGUGGUACUGUUACAGCACUGCAGGCUUAAUACAGUUUAUACUCUUCAAGGAAAGUUCCACCAGAAAAAAACUUUGACCCUUUUUUUUUCAACCUAAAAGCUCUGUGCUUUAGACUGCCGCGACACAGCCACUUUCACACGAAAUCCUCUUUAACUCGAGCACAUGUCGCUUUGCCUGAAACUAAACUUCCUUUGUUAUAACGCCUUGUUGUAUUUACUCUAGCUGUAUAGCUUGCAACUGCAGUGUAGCCGGGAGUCUGCUUAGUCAGUGCGAUGAAAGCGGCAAGUGCACUUGUAAACAGAACGUGGAGGGAAACAAAUGUGAUCAGUGUAAAAGUGGAACAGUUAAUCUUCAACAGAACAACAAGUAUGGCUGCAGUGGAGGUACGUUAAUCUUUUCCUUCCGUUAAAUGGUUAAAUUGUCAUCGACGACCCCUUCGCUUUUUAUGAAUGUGUCCGCUGUGGUUAUACAUUCUUAAUUAGUCAAUAAGCCUAACAAAUGUAACAUUGGUGCUAGCUGUAACCGAUACGGGACUCCAUUCAGUCAUGUUAAACAUAAAGUACCCACCUACCCCUCCCCUAGUCUAGCAUUCUGCCGCAAGUAAGAAGUUGGUCAAUUGUUAACAUUUGGUUGGAGGAGGGGUAGGUUAGCAGUUUCCCAGUAUCUCAUGCAAGUCCGUUUGCCCUGUACUUUUAUCCACCCAGAUUUAUUUCAAAUUGUUUGUAACAUUUCAGUCUUCCGUAGGUACCAGACGUUUUUUUCUCUCACGUACGGCCAGAUGCGACGGUUUCGGCCGGGUAACUAUAAAGACUUCGCCGAAACCGGAAACCACGCAUGAAAAGUCUCUGAAUUUACUUUUACUAAUCAAAAGAAAGUGACACAUUUUUCUUGUUUCCAAUGACAUUUCUUGUGUUUUCAUUUUAGCUCCCUCAGAACAGCCGGCACCAUUCGCAACAGUUCUGUCUCCUCGCUUCAUAAUGCUGACAUGGUCCCCGCCUGACAAUCCUAACGGUAUUAUCAUACGGUACGAGCUCUACAGAAAUGGCUCACAGAUCUACAGCGGACUGAAUCGGACAUUCAACGACACGUCACUGACCCCAGAUACCGUGUAUUUUUACUACAUCAUUACCUACACGGAAUCGGGUAAUACGAGAAGUUUGGACGACGGAAGAGUGUAUCGGACCUUUCAAGAUGCUCCCGGCGGUAUUUCCCCACCCAGCAUUACCAAUAUUCUUCCGCGAAAUGUAACCGCGUCAUGGCAGCUUCCCAGUUCACCGAACGGGCGCGUCAUUGCGUAUCGGUUGAUUUCUACAAGUAGUAGAAGCUCAGUUGAGGUUAUUCAUUGCAGAGGUAUUAUUUUCACGUGCGAUGUAGGCGGACUCACGCCUUACACUGUGUAUAAUUUUUCGGUGGAAGCGUGCACUAAUGGAGGGUGUGGUCGAAGUAAUGUGACAACUAUCGUGACAGCUCCGACGCUUCCAGACUUUCAACCUGCACCCAAUGUGACGUCAUUUCCGGGAGGUAAAGCUGUAGAGGUGGAGUGGGACGAGCCGCCAGAACCGAACGGAAGGAUCCUGCGCUAUGAGUUGUACAUGCGGAGCUCACCAUUCCAAGGAGUUGGAACUUUGAAGUACAAUAGCAACCCGGCGCAUGACUCUAAUCCAGUACACUUUAGAAAGACCAACGUCACCGGGCUGCAGCCAUUCACGGAGUAUGAGUUCCGCGUUAUCACCACUACUGCGCAAGUCAGCGGCGAUCGAGCGAGCGACUGGACACGCCAUAGAACUGGGGAAGGAAGUGAGUCAUUUUAUGUAACGUGAUUUUUCUCUGUUGUCGGUCGCGUGCUUUGUAUUGUUACAUCUUCUAAAAUUGUAAACUCGAAAAGCGACUUGGAGAACCAACAUCAAGCUUUUCAGCUUUGGUUGUUUUUAUUGUACUGCCCUGGCUUGCCAGUCAUCAUAGUUACUGUCAAGCUAGCGGUGAGUCAAGCGUACCCCGUACAUUCUGUUAAUGAAUUCUUUGUUUGAAAAUUGUAGUUAGUCGUUGCCGAUAUCAGAUUCAGUUCUUCGUCCUUGCACACGUUAUGAGCAGUGAAUUCACACAGAAGGUAGCUGCUACAGUUUUUUCAGCUCAGUUUUCUCAGGAGUUGAACUCCAUAUAAAUGCCUUCAUAGUGACUUGACGCAUGCGAUUUUUUCAUUCGAAUACAGAAAGUAUUAUACAAAACUUCACUGCUGGUUAUGCAUGCAGGGAUGCAAUGGUAGCGGCAACAACCAAUGAAUUCAGUUUUCACGGACUAAUAAGAGUGAACAUCACGUAUUCUAGGCUAAAAAAAUCCUUGAAUAUUUUCAUUUUUUUACGCAGUGUCAGUCCCUUACUUAAACGUGGUCAAAAACGUUUUUUCUUUUAUUAUUUAAGGAAAAGCGUAAUAACUGAUUUACGCCACUUGUUUUUUCACUCUUAGCUCCUCUGGGCGAAAGUGCAAUGAAUCCUAGUGCAAGUCCCUUCAACAGUAGCGCUGUCCUUGUUUCCUGGAGUCCUCCCCAGAACCCACAAGGAAUCAUCACCCGCUAUAUCGUUUACAAGUACCAGCCCCCUUCAAAUACAACGGCCGUGGAAGCUACUAUGGUAACUGGAUCCCAGCGGCAAGGAAUGGUAGAUCAACUGCAGCCAUAUACAGAAUAUAAAUUUACAGUGAGGGCUUGUAAUAGCUAUGACUGUUCAGGUCAUAGUGCGGCAGUCCUUGCUCGCACAAAACCUUCAGGUGAGUGAUGAGGAAGUACAUUGCCACGAUUUAAGGACUAUCAAUAGAGAAUAUAAAAGCUUUUUGUUACUAUCUUUGCAGUGUGUAGGGGUAAUAAUUACUGUGUGAAUGGCAUGGCUUAGCCUGCGAAGCAAGUAUUCUACGAGGUGUGAGAAGUGUUUCUGCACCCCAUCAAUAUCUCUUUUUUAUCAGCCCCCAUAACCUUUACCUACUUUUAUCAUCAAGGUUGGGGCUUUGUCUGGGUUCCACUGUCCCCCUGUGCGCACAAAGCGCGGAUGUUGGAGCAAGAGCAACCUUUACUAUUACCCCACCCCUCUUUAUAUUUUUGGUCUCGCUCUUGUUUGUAUGAGAAUGUUUGUCAUGAAAGAUUCACAUGGCGUCAUACGAAGUAGGUGAUAACGAAACUUCCAGGCCUUCGUUAGGUUAAUUUAUAUCCUGAGUUAGUUUUCCGCUCAACAAAAUUGCAAAUAUCUUACUACAUCUUACUCAGGGUACUUUUUUACACAACUUAACAUCUAUUUUUCCUCUUUUCACAGCUCCUGAAGGUCAAAGCUCACCGGAAGUCUUUUCAGUUGAUUCAUCCACAGUAUACCUGAACUGGUCCCAACCCCAGACUCCAAACGGUCCUUUGCCGCCGAGCUAUAACGUGAGCCGAGCGUAUUCAGCACUCCACCACCCUCCCCCCUUAGUGACGUCAGGAGUUCAUUUCCCAGGCCUUGGAUACUACAAGUUUCCGUCAGACUUUGUCAGAGCUGGUGCUGAAAACAACAUCGAGCUUUGGUUCCGCACCCAAUACGCGUUUGGACUGAUACUGUUUCUGGUGUCCGAUGGCUCUCAAACUGACAUGUUAGCUGUUCAACUGCGUGACGGCAAACCUUGGCUGAUUUUUGAUAGUCAAGACGGUCCUGCUGCCUUCACAAUCAGCGAGUCUGUGCGCUUUGAUGAUAACCAGUGGCAUAAUGUGAAGAUAAAUCGUAAGAACCGACGGGGAACGCUCACGGUGGAUAGUUACAGUGCCAGUCAAGACAGUCCAGGAUCAACUACUGUGAUUUCCGCCGACACGGGAGUGUAUAUCGGCGGCCUUCCUCCAUCUUUCGUUUUCUUCCGUCCUAAUACUGGUAAUUCUCAAAUUUUAAGGAACAAUUUUAUUGGUUGCCUGCGCGGAAUCACUUCGGAAUCGCAGAGCUUGGAUUGGACUUCCGCACUGGAGGCAGUCGGAGUUGAACUGCAAAGGAAUGGCUGCCCAGCAAGGGACAAAAAGAAGGCAGUUUUCCUCCGGGGAGGUGGAUAUAUUGAGAUAAACAGACAGACUACUGAUGUUCUUCAAAGCAACAUCUUCAGCUUCACUCUAAAUUUUCGCACACAGCUUUCCUCCGGAUUGCUUCUAUUUGCGCACGGGGCGACCAGUUGGUUUGCGAUCCAGUUCGCUGAUAAUCAGGUAGCAACGAUGUACUCGACUUCCAGCAUGCACGGAAACCUAACGAUUCAACCCUCAACCGGGGAGAUCUGCGAUGGACGUUGGCAUAACUUGACUGUCACUAACUUUCAAGUCGGCCAGCUGAACAUUAAACUCGACAACAAAAAUGACGUCACUUCCGGAAUUAGCAACCUUCUGGUUCAGUCUGUGUACGUAGGAGGGGUCCCGUGGGGUUCCCAGGCUGAGAGGGUUGCCCGGCAGGCUGGUGUGAAUGUAGAGACCUCGUUUGGUGGCUGCAUUAAAGUCUUUUCUGCGGCAUCAGAGAUCGAUUAUCAAAGUGACGUCAUGGACAUGUAUAAUGCUGAUCUUGAUGGCUGUCUUCCUGAGUCUACGAUACCGGUCAGCAGACAGAGGGGGAGCUGUUUGCCUUUUAACAGUUCUGUGGUGUAUUCUGGAAAGAAUGAGAAGUUUAACGAUUCUUCAGUUGAAACAUUCACCGGUUAGUGUUGGUCUUUUGUUCUUGUUGUUGUCGUAUUUUUUGUAAUGAGAAAAUUGCAAGGAGAAUUAAAAACUUCACCCCUCCGCACCAUUUCAUAGCGUGCGAACUCUCAGUUUUCAAGUCCAUCUCAAGUUCGCUUCUUAUUUAUGGCAGCAACUGUGCAACUCACUGAAUCUUUGAAAAUUGUUGGAGUGGCAAACACAACCAAUAACACAAAAUGCAAUCCACAAUACUUCACCCUGUAAAUGUGAAAAGCCACCUGUUUUCCUACACGCCCGUCAUGAACAUUGCUACUGUUAAGAAAGAAUCUCUUAGAAGUUUGCGUGUUUACUGUAUUUGAAGGAGGUAAGAUUUAUGAUCUGUUACAGAAAUUUUAAUUCAAUGCACUGUUGUCUUCCUUUUAGAUUAUCUGUACCGUGUAGAAAGCUAUCAUGCUGGAACAACAGGUUCGGCUAAGAGUGCGUGGAUUGCUACCCGCAGCGGGCAAGGAGGUAAGAUUGAGCCAAGUCACUUUACAAUAAAGAACCAGAAAGCGGGACUUUUUAGCAUCAAUGUGAGUUCAAUGACUGUAAAUGAGGUAGAUUUCAAUGCAGAGCUCAGAAAUUCCCACUACCACUAGGAAAGAAAUAUACCAAAACACUUUUCAUCAUUUGGCGAUUUUUUACAUCUUACUUACCCGUAUCUUGUUUACCCGUUAACAGCGCCAACUGGUCUCCAGGCCCCCAUACAGCUGAUUCCUCUUCCCGGCGGAACAGAAGUGAGAGUAACCUGGGCACCACCAGCCCGGCCGAAUGGGGUCCUUACGGAGUACAGAAUAUUAUCUUACCGUGUCCACCCCCGUCAGGCAGUUCCUGCAGAGAAGGUUGUGUCGGAUAUUGGUGUCUUGAACACCACUGUCUCAGGACUUCAACCUUACACAAUUUAUGAAAUAAAGAUCCAGGCCUUCACAGCUGGAGGAAGUUCAGUGGGACCUGGUAAAAAUGUCACCACUGAGGAGUCAGGUAUUUUAAACAUUUGGUUGUAAGACAGUAAUUUGUAGCCCUUUUCAUGAAGCUAGCUGAAGCUAACAUCCUCUUUAGAAUGAUCCCAUGGGUUUUACUCAAAGUAAUUACUUAAGAGUUAAACAAACGUUUUUAUUUCAGUUCCAGCCGGAGUUCAAGGUCCCUCGGCUGUCCGACGCCCCAGAGAACUUGAAGUGUCCUGGGCUGAGCCUGCAUACCCCAAUGGAAUUAUAAUUCUAUAUAACCUCACACUGGAUGGGCAACUUGUGUACAGCGGUUCAGAUAACAACUUCACAAUAUCAAACUUAGAAGUUUACACCGAGUAUGCUCUGCAGCUGACCGCCUGUACACGAAUUGGCUGCGCCCAAGGCCCGAUGGUGCGUAUAAGAACAGGAGAGUUACCUCCGGAGGGGGUAAAAACCCCAAGGGUAAUAGUCCGCGGUAGAACUGAGGUGGAAGUGAACUGGGAAGUACCGAACAUUCUCAAUGGGGCGAUUGUGCGUUAUGAAGUACUGUUUGCAACCAGCGAUGUUCUGAGUGCUUAUGUCUCGAAAUUCAAUGCCACUCCAAAUGUGUUUAGCACCGUUGUUAGAAACCUCACCGCAGGAACAUUAUACUUUGUUCGAGUACGCCCCUUUACCGGUGGAGGCGGAACCUUCAGCAAUGCGACCCAAGUGAGAACACACGAGGAUAUCCCCGAUGACAUCCCAGCCCCCACCGUGGUGGCCCUUAGUCCAUAUGCUCUAUAUGUGAUCAUUGUGAAACCAGACAAACCCAAUGGGAUCAUCACGCGCUACGAACUGUACCAGGACAGCAUUGUUGAUCCCGUGCUGAACGAGACGCAACUGUCAAAUUACACAGCAAGUGGUUUCAGCCCGUAUAGUCGCCAUACCUUCCGUGUGCGAGCGUGUACAGCUCAAGGCUGCGCCUACGGUGCUGUAGCGGUUGCCUUCACAAAAGAAAUCGCACCGAACGGAACCGUUACCCUGACAGCAAGCAUCCGCAAUGCUACAGCGGUUAAUGCUCGUUGGACACGCGUGGCAGUGCCCAAUGGAAGGCUAUUCUAUAAUUUGAUGAUUCAAGGAACUUUCAUAGUGCCAGGCUCCGCAGAGCUGAGAACAGAAGAGCGCGUUGAGAGAGGAAUUUCUGUGGAAGAAGCUGAAAAAGAUUUCAUAUACAAUGGUCUCAUUCCCUUUAACAACUACACCUUCUGGGUGAAUGCGUCCAAUUCGGUUGGUUUCAUUCUUAGCAAUAACGUUACUGGCUCUACUCCUGAAGGAGGUAAGUCACACUUAAAGUAGUUCCUUUCUGAUCGAGACAGCAUCGCAAUAUGGGACAAGUUCACUACCAUGACGGACGUAAACCAUUGGCCGGUUAUUAAAGUGUAUGUCAAAACCGUGUCCUUCCAUUUUCAAUUUCCCAAUGCGAAUAUCGAAACAAUGUUUAUCGUAAAUAGUUUCAGAACAGCAUAUAUCGUUCACUAGAAAAGCUGUUUAGCUUCUGGAAAUAAUCCUUUUCAAACAAAGCUGUAGGUCCUGUGAUUUCAGUCUUACACGGCGGCCCAAGUUAGACUAUCUUUGAAACAGCCAACCCUUAGUUUCAGUAAGUGUAUCAAAACCCUUUCAAUCUUUAUUUUCAGUUCCUGGUGGUUUGAAAGCACCCAACGUAACUGUUUUAAGCUCUACCUCAGUUCACAUCUCUUGGGAGCCUCCUGCAUUGCCUAAUGGGAUUAUUCUCGGUUAUGGACUGCAUCAGAGCGGCGUGCCAACAGUGUUAUUCAGUGGACUGGGAUUCAGUUUUACCGUUACUAAUCUCCAGCCUUUCACGAUCUAUGAAUUCCGAGUCAAUGCCAGCACUAUUGCGGGAUAUGGGUUUAGUCCUUGGAGUCAGGCCUCAACCUUUGAAGACGGUAAGUUGGUACCGUGAGGGAGAUGCUCUCCUGAUUAGCACUUAUACUCUGAUAAUAAUAUGCUGAACUUAAAGAUCAUCUAACAGCUUUGUCCUAAAGAAAGAAAGAUAUGCCCUUGCUUUAAGUAAAAUAAGGUUUUAUGACAUAUUAGGUGCAACGAUGAGGAGAAUUAUUUGCGUUUUGGUCUGAAAAAUAAAACCGACUUUCGGCUACGAGUGGAUACGAGAGAGGGUGUUUCGAAUCACAGAUAAUGUCUCUUUUUUUCGGUUCUGUCGCUUCUUCGGCAAGCAAACAGCAUAGACACUUGAAUUUAAUUAAAUUUAUAUAACUGAAAGUAUUACUCUACACUUUUUCCCGUAUUCUUUUAGUUCCCAGUGCUCCAGAUCCACCGGUGUUUAGAGACGUCGCCUCAACUUCACUGACAGUGAAAUGGGGUCCACCUGAUCCAGCCAAUGGUGUGCUUCUGCGUUACGUCAUCUACCAAAAUGGCACGGAGAUCGCAAGAGUCACUGGAAACAUCACCAGCUACAGGGUGACUGGUCUCCAGCCUUUCACGAUCUACGUGUUCAGGCUGAGUGUGUGUACAGCUGUCGGUUGCAGGUUUAGUUCGGACUCAGCACCUCAGCAGACCUUAGAAUCUGGUAAUAUGUCUGAACCAUUUCAAUCCCAAAAGUGACCAAAGUAAAAAUUUCAAGAAAAUCUUUCACAUUUCAUCUUGUAUAAUGUUUAAAAACAAAUAGUACAAUGUGAAAGUACUGCUAGAUAGGUUUCAUAUGAAUGGUCUCACCGUAGGAUUUCAUCCACAGACUUCAAAGUUAUAACAACCCUACAAGAUUCCAUAAAAUUUACACAGAGUGAACUUGAAAGGAAUCUUGAGUCAUCCGACAGGUCACAACUUAUAAAAACAGUCGAGCAUUUGAGCUCAUUCAAUCUUGAAACAACAGUUUUGGCCUACCUGAAGUUGCGAAAGAGGUCUAAUGCUUGAGAAUAUUUCCAGAUUAUUUCCAACAGCGAACUUAUGAUGUUCAUGUCUGGAUAAGUUAUCUAUUGAUAUAAGUCAAUGUCGAGUCGACUAAGAGACCCUUCUCUUAUAAGUGGGCUGCCCGUUUUUACCCACUUUCUUAUAUGGGGGGGCGGGGGGCUACCCUUUUUAAUGAUUGUAUAUAAUGUUAUUCCAGUUUCGUAUAUAGUUUUAUCCAAGGUGUUGUGAACUUGCCAAUGAUAUGGAAUGCUUCGAAAGAGGAUAUUUUUCUACCCAUGAACAUAUCCCAUCUAGAGCGAGCAGACGACUUCUACUUAUUUUCGUGAUGUAGAAGUAAGAAUAAACAGCCUGCCCGAAUAGAAGCAGAAAUGGAAUCAACCUCGUUACCAGGCCUUGCUCCAGAGAACGUGAAGAAGAGAGACCCUGGGAACGAGGUUGAGACGAAAAGUAGACAUAACUCAAGAUUUAUGACAUGCUUGUUCUUGCAGGUCCCCUGGGGUUAUCUGCCCCAAGGCUUUCAUCCCCCACGGGUAGAACAGUAAUAAUAGAGUGGGACCCCCCGGCAGUACCUAACGGUGUCAUACUGAAAUAUCAGAUUCAGCGGCGACUUAUGUCUGGUGGAAAUCCCUCGGUUAUUUCUGAAGUGAAUGCUUCUCUCGCACGGCGACAUGUGGAUAACACAGUACAACCGCUGACUGCGUAUCAGUACCGCCUCAUCGCGUUUAACAGCGGCCCGGGGGAUCCGAGCCCGUAUAGCAACAUUACCACUGGUCAGGGAGGUAAGUGCGCAUGCGCUUGUCGUCAUGCCAAAGUAUAUUUACUACAAACCUUAUCAUCUUUUUCCAAUUCUUACGUGGCAAUGACGUUUGAUUUUCACUUUUGUUAGCAGUCAGUGCCACUACCACAUCUGUUCUGGAUUAGACAAGUACUAGCCUGUGAAUAGAAUAUAGCCGUUUGUCCACGCUCCAAGACGCUAGCGGCCAGAAGCGAGGAGAAACGGCUGUAUUUGUAGGCUAGACAAGUAUCUCUAUCAUGUUUAAGUUAAAUCUGUGCUUUCAUUCAGGAAGGGAGAGUGUGAACAACUACAUUUUGGCUGCUUGGCCCACCAGUGAAGGAGUUUAUCACGUUUUUAUUACUGGAAACCCAAAAUUUCAAGAUUCUUCUUCUACUUAAAGUAUUUUUUAAUAUUCCAAACCCUUGAAAUAAUGGAAACCUGAACUACUCGUUACUUGUAGCAUGGUGGUAAGGGGGAUAGAGUAACAGGGAAAAACUUUAAAGUUCGAAUUUUUGGCGGAAACCGCAUGCUGUGGCAUAAGAUUAGAAUGGCGGUUAAAUUUUAAGAAUGUGCCGUCGACAUUUAUAAAGGAAACUCGCCUGGGCUUGACGUGAUUUGUUCUCUCCUUUUACAGACCCCGAGGGAAUCGCAGCGCCUUCUGUCCAAGCGCUCAGUCCAUACGCUAUAAAUGUCAAAUGGACCGCACCCAGCGUACCAAACGGCAACGUAACACGUUACAUCAUCAGAGUCAUACAUCAGCAAACCUCUCGCAACGUCACUAUUAAUGCUGACGCGCCAUUCGAUGUUAAUGUUACGUCACUGGAUCCGUACAUUCUGUACAACGUCAUUGUCAGUGCAUGUACAAUUGGGGGAUGCGGUAGCAGCUCACCGUCUCAAGUCCGUACACUUUCCGCUGCACCUGAAAAUCAGCCUGCGCCCAUCGCGCAGCCGCUGUCGCAAACGGAAAUGCGCGUGAGCUGGGAUCCACCUAUUAGGCCGAACGGUUUGGUAGAGGGGUAUGUGCUGUUCAGGAGAACAGUCGAGGACCUGGUUACCAAUAACAUUUCUUCACCCACUGAGUAUACACAGGUUUUUAAAGGCGGGGCCCUACCGGGAGAUCGGGUCGUCAAUGAUGUUCUAUUAGGAAUCUACUCAUUACAGCAAUACAAGGUUAGUUAUUACAGAAAGAAUUAGGCAAGUUUUCUUAACUGACGUGAUACAACUCACUUUGACUCUGAAGUUGACUACCGCACAGGUUGUCGAAACGUCAGUCACUGUCAACAACAACAGUCCUAUUCAGGACUUCGUUCAACCGGACGAUCAUACUCACCCUACUUUUGAAAUGACUCCUGGGUUCUAUCCUUUCACAAUUUCGUUACUACCGUGUGGCACGAAAUUUUUGCGGAUUGACGAUUUUUUGUGUUUUGCGGGAACUAAUUUUUGCGAUUCUCAGAAAGUACCCAGGAUUGACAAUAUUUUCAUUUUUAUCGAGUACUUGCAAUAGAAAUACAUAUUUUUUGUGUUUUGCGGGAACUAAUUUUUGCGAUUCUCAGAAAGUACCCAGGAUUGACAAUAUUUUCAUUUUUAUCGAGUACUUGCAAUAGAAAUACAUAUUUUCAAACAAUAAACCAGUAUUUCGUUGUAUACCGUUUUGUUUCUGAAUGAAGGAGACAAGUUGUUAUUGAACAGACACGAUUUCUUAGUACUGUAUUUUUGUGUAGCGAAUUUAAGUUAGAGAAUAUUUAAUCUAAAGUUAAUUUUUGCGGGAAUACUUUUGCCGUAAUUUUUAUUUGCGGGAACUUAUUUUGCGGAUCGCUGGGAAAAUCGCAAAAAUUAGAACUCGCGCAAAUUUCGUGCCACACGGUAGUUUGCAAAGGAUUAUUUGAAGUCUUUACAAAAAUGUAAAGUUUUUUUUUCACCAUUCCUUUUACGUUUAACGGUAGUAUGCUUUCCAUGCCUCAAAUUCUGUGGAAGGUUACUGCAAAAAAGUUUAUAUUACUGUAGGCGAGCAAGUUCCUGUUGUCUUAUACACCUUUUUGCCUUAUGGCUCAACUUUAAAGUAUUAUUCAAUUUUUUAUCACUUCGCACAUGGUUAAUUUAGAGACAACUGGUUGGAAACAACAUCAGCAGGACGAAAUUCAGAACCCCCGUUGACCUGUGGAUUGCUUACAUAUGGUUUAACUACAUCUACAUUUUAAAAUUUCUUAAUAUUUUUAGGUUACAGUGACAACCGCACAAGGCAACACCACCAGCAACCCCUCCCUACCCUACAGAACAAACCCUGCCCCUCCCUUAGCAGGUCCUACCGUCAAUGGUACUGCCCUGAAUCACACGACUUUGUUGAUCACGUGGUAUCCACCGGAAAUCAAGCAGCUGCGUGGCGCUGUAGUGACAUAUAUAGUAGAUAUUGCCGAGUCUUCACUUCCGGGAGCACCUGUUAGUCGCGUGGGUCAGUUCCCUGGAAACCGAACUAGCGUGACAGUAACAACUCUCAAGGCCAACACUUACUACACUUUUUAUGUAAGAGUCUUUUUCGUCUUUAUCAUGGUAUUGGGCUAUAUUGAUAGACUGAAGCCUGCAUGUUUUAGAAAUAACCCAUGCAUUUGAAAGUUACUAGAAUUAGAUAUUACGUACAACUAAGAAAUAUUCAGAAAUAAUCGAAACCCCCAGCGGAUAAUCGAAUCCACGACCAUCCAGAUACAGAUAGGAUGCUCUAACCACUGAGCUAUGGGCUACUCACACGGCGAGCAGGUCGUGGGUUUUGAGGCUAGACUAAAGCAAAGCAACUCGCCUAUUUGCUUACUUACUUUCAUCGCGCAAGCACCUUAAGAAAGUGUUGUGUAUACUUUGUGUACAUUUUGAAAGUUACCCCACUAAAAAAUGAAAUAUAGGUGACGUACAAAUCCUCUACCCUGUUUUCACCAGGUUGAGUUGAACAACGGAGCGGGCAGCUUCAAGAGUGAUGCAUUCCGGAUAAGAACCUUGGAUGGAAGUAAGCGUUAAUUUUAGUGGUCCUGUUUCACGAGCUUAAAUUUCAGGAUGUUCUCCGCACGUACUGACUGUGGUGUUUGUGUUAUUCUUCUUAGUGCCCGAAGGAUUUGGCCCUCCAACACUGUACACUAUUAACAGUACUACUAUCCGUGUGAGUUGGAGUCCACCCACAAAUCCAAAUGGAAAUGUUAUCCUCUACAAGGUUUAUGUGUAAGUACACACUUACGUUCAGUUCUCUGGACACCUCUACAACAUACUAACGUCUGCCACCUCUUUGUAGCGACCACUUUUUUGUCUCAGCAGGCAGUCGAUACAUUCCCUUGGUUUAACCAGUCUUGCCAAGGCCACUCUCCUCUGUCCCUGAGAUGGCCGUUCUGGCCAGCUUUGCUUAUGUUAACAAAACAAACUGACCUCGCCCACUAUUAGCUGUCGUAUGGCUGGUAUAGGACUUGUAAAGACUGUUUUCCCAAAUAUAUGAUUCAUCAUACACGUGUUAACUAUGUGAUGCUUACCUUAUAUUGAGAAACUGUCCGUAUUUUUGCGUAGAUCAAGAACGCGGGAGCGGGCAAACGAAAGUCCUGGAUCUAGGGUUGGAACUGAAUGAAACUUGAAAACCGGCAAUAAUCUCACGCCGGUGCUGAUUUUCAGAAGGAAAAAAAUGACUGUUUUACAGUCUGUGCUAUAAACCUUAGACCCGAAAAUGUUAUUCGUUCAAAAGUUUCAGUUUGUCUAACCGAGUAAUAAUCCUUUAGUUAUAAUAAACGAAUGCUGUGUGUAUGACACGUUGUGUCCUGUUAAAAAUUCUGCUUGAAAGUGCCCAUAACGUCAGUACAAAACAUACUAUUGUGUCUUGCAGAAACGACACCUUAUGGACAAACACAAGCGGGGAUGCACGUCAAGUCCUUGUGUCCGGGCUGCAGCCAUAUACUUAUUACGUCAUUAAGGUGCGUAUUACAACACAGUGGCAGAUCUAGGAGAAAGGUCGCAGUCCUGCAGGGCCAAGAAGAACUUUUUUGGUUAAGAGUGCCCCCACCUUAACCUAAAAGUCUGGUGCCUUCACCUGAUGACGCCAGUAAAUCGUUCGCAUUGAUUCCCUUAUACGUUUCGGCUCCACCUCGUUCAUUUUUAUCUUUCUUUUUACGUUUUCCUGUCGGCUGUUUUUUUCUAAAUUCUUUUGCCUUUCUAACUUGAUCACCCAUUUUUUCUGUUUGUCGUUCAGGCUUCAGCCUAUACUUAUGCAAGUGGCAUUCUAAUAAUUAAUAAUUCCUUCCUCUGUAUUUGUAACAGGUUGCAGUUUGCACCACACAUGGCUGUACAAUGAGCGACGCCAGAGCAGCAACUACGAAUUCUGCAGGUGAAUUUUUAUUUCCUCUGUUUGUUUUUAUUCUAAUCUCGCGAAUUAUCUUUUGGUCGAACUAGAAAGUUAAAGUUUUAUUUGAGGGUCGGAGGUUUAGUACUGUGGGGUUGGGGAGCUCGUACUUAACCAACUAAUUAGACACUACCCAUGUGGUUGUCUGCACGGCGUUGUCAUGGACUAGGACACAAUAUUACCACGUAUCAUAAUCAGUGGUGAAGUAAAUUCACAUAAGUGAUUCAAGAUAGUCAUCGUACGUUUAGACCAUGUAAGUACCUUUAGUUCGUUAGGAUCCAGACUUCUAUUAUUUCACGUGCGUGAAGCACCUGAUUGUGGUAGCCUGGCCACAAGUUGUCGCAUCGGUCAUUGUGAUCCAUGACCAAGGAAUACUCAGGUAUAAUAGUGACAGGGAUGACGAGAUAUGAUACGAAUCCCUUUGGGGGCUCAGACAUCCGAAGACGUUUGUGGGUUAGACAUUUUGCAGUUACUUUCCUUGGGUAAAAGACUUCGGGGCCGACUUUCUUUCCGGGGGAGGCGGGUGGGGGUUGUUGACGGCAAUACAUAGCCCUGGGUUUUCAUUAUUACGUCACACAAUUGUGCCAGUUGUAAAAGGACUUUUCUUUGGGUCAAGUUCGGGCCUUUGGUGUUUUUUGAGGGGUUGAACAAUUUAGCCUCAUUAUCUCCCACCCCUUCGGGGUCCUCUUCCGUAGUAGAUUCAACUUUUCAGUAGUCCACAACUUUGUGAGAAUCGAAUACUAAAAAUAUUUUCUCAUAAUCCUUCAGCCCCGACAGGUUUCGCUGCUCCGCGACUUAAAGCAGGUUCGACGUUCAUUGAAGUCCGAUGGGGUAAGAGAACACUUUCUGUAGCUUGUGGCACACAAGUUGUACGCUGCAUGCCGCCUAUUAACUUAACGCUUAUAUUUCUUUCAAGUUAAAGUACCCAUUUUUUUCCUAUUCCCCUCCUACUCAGAAUCACAAGACAGGAUAUUUGGAGUGAACCAUGUGUAUUCGAUUAUUCUGAUAACCGAGCAAUGCUUUCUCCUCGAAACUUUGCUGUGCCGCCCCUAUCUAACUCCUAUGUUGCUUUGCUUAUGUCAUUGGAUGACUAAAGUUGUUUUUCUCCUUCAGAGCCCCCAUCUCGUCCAAACGGAAUCAUGUCAGGCUACCAGAUCUUCCGAAGAAUGGUAUACCAGUGCCCAACAAGGUACUUGUACAUACAGCUUUAUCAUUAAACUUGUGUGAGAGAAUUUUAAACCCACACUACUUCUUGGUAUUGUAUUCUAUAGUCUUAACAUCACUUCAAGAUUAAUGUCGUUCUAAACGAACUGUGUUGUAUUUGUUUCAGCCCUCCUCCACAAGCUAAAUGCACAUUCAUAGAAUGCCGUCUGUCAGAACAGUUAUGCGGUGUCACGUGUUAUAAUCCAGGCAAUCAGGUGAGCUAUACGUAAGGCUGCUAAUAAUUCCACAACACUUAUAAAACAAAUAUUGCUUCUAAUCUUUUAUAAACUCGAAAGCAAACAAAUAGAAAAGCUUAAAAUCGUAAAAAAACAGCGGAGUGAAGCAUCUUAAUGACCGUAAACUGGAAGGAAAGUAAGACAUUUUUAGCUUUAAUCUGCCACCAUUUUGAAUUCACAUGAGUUAAAAAACAUUUGGAAGAGUCGCAAAUUUGAGUCUCAACCAAUUUUGAUUUCCGUAUCCACGUCCAAAAAAUACACCAGCGCCUCAGAUAUACUUAAGUGAUCUUUGAUUCACACUCACUCACACACUCUGUGCCGUCAUUGCUGGUCCACUGUAAUACCUUUUUUCGGUUUUCCACUCUAGAUUUGCUGUAAUGGCGUUCUCUAUUCACGUGACCCAGCCAAGACCUGUUGCGGCACAAACUACUUGCGGAAGAAUACUCCCUCCGACGUCUGCUGUGGAAACACUUUCCAUAUCCAGCGGUCUGAGUAUCAAUGUUGCCAUGGCGAUUACAUCCGAGUUCCUUCAGGCAGUGUAUGUUGCCUUACGUCUCAGGGGGGUAGAGUGGUGGGUUCGGGUAAUGCCUGCUGUGGGGAUACCCCUUAUAACAGUGGAGGAAGCAAAGUGUGUGUCUGCGGUGCACUGUAUGAUCCCAUACCUCCAAGGAAAUGUUGCGGUGGGAGCGUUGUAGCUUCUGCGCAGGUCUGCUGUGGUGAUGAGGUUCGUGGGGCCGCGUAUGACCUGGAAUCUAGUAAUGAGUGUUGUGGAACUCAGUACGUUCCUAAAGCUACGAGCCUGUGUUGCAAGGGAUCAACGGGUGAUGUUGUGGUAUGUGCGAGAUGAUCUUUUGAUAUUUUACCACUGUUAUAUAACAAAAAUCUUAUUUGGAAAAUUCUAGAGUGUGUUGAAUUAAUUAAUUGCUUACAGUUAACUACAUGAAGUCAGACCGGCCGCUUUAAGAAUUUGAGGACAAGUGCAAUGCGAACAGGAGCCUGGUUCGAAAAUUGCAAUUGUCUAGUGUAGUUAAUUGUUGGCAAAAGUAACCCUGAAAGGGACUGUGCUGUCAUGGCUGUCUAGUUCAUUUUGUUAAUAAUGCCAAUUAUGCAUCCUUAUUCGCUUUGAAACUUGAGAAAUUACUUGUUAAUGGCAAAGUUACAGUCUCCCAAACACUUUGUCAUACGUUAGGCUAACAGGUUUUCAAAAACCACAUUUGUAAUCCGUUUCAAUCUUCUUGGAGCUUUUCCGUCCUUUUUUCCUUUUGUAUUUGCUGUUCAUGUUAUGAACAGUUAGACUGCGUGCAAACGGGUGCAAUUAUGUUGAGAGAUGUUGCGUGCGUAUUGGCAGUGGUCUGCAAACGGAUGCAACAACUCCCAACAAGUUUGUGACCUGCAGUGCAUCGUGGGAAGAAUACAACCCAUAAGUCUUUGUAAUCCAUGCGUAAUUAGCGUGCGUGGUCCCAACAAUGUUGGAAGAGCUGUGCAAACGGAUCCAACAUUGUUGCGCUACGCUUCGGUGAUCACGGAACAAAAGAAAUGUUGGGAGUUGUUGGCUGGAAAGUUUGACCGGUUUCAAACUUUGUGCAACAACACGCAACAACACGCAACAACUUCCAGCAACAUGCAACAGGGUGUGCAAACGGACGCAACAUGUAACAUCCAACAAUUUUGGGAGUUGUUGGCUAACAAUGUUGCGUCCGUUUGCACGGGGCUUUAUUAUUGUUUCACUCAGUUUGCUGGCUUGGUGGCUGCUACCACUGAUUGAACUUUGAUAAAUUUCAUGACACCGAUCCCUUAAUUUUACAGGUGUACAACUAUACGAGUGCAGCCGAUAAGUCUGCAUCCAGUCACAAGUGCUGCGGUAAAAGACAAGUCGAUAGUAGUUUGAGUUGCUGCAGUGAACAAGGCUAUAAUUCUAGUUACCAGACAUGCGCUUCCAAAUCAAGCAACGGGACCGUGGGCUGUGGAAUGGGCACCAUUUGCAACAAGACCGACGCAAAUGUGGCGAUGUGUGAUCGAUGCGAUUUUGACAACACGACAUUACUCUGUGGUUAUGUACCGGGUUAUUACGACCUUUCACCGACGACUUCUGUGCCUCGCGUUUGUGCGACAGGUUUUGUGGAGAUCCUCAACAAUCAGUACAACCCAAACCUCCGAUUCUACAACGACACUAACUUGUCUCCGCACACGCUUUAUGAUUAUUACCUAGUAGCUAUAAAUAAUAUAGGCAACGCGUCAAGCCCAGUUGCACAGAAUCGUACGUUGAUGGGCCGCCCUGCAGGUCUCUCGCCGCCAGUUGCCGUUGCAAUAUCUUCAUCCGAAGUCCGAGUCACAUGGAGCAAACCAACGACACCGAACGGUGUUAUUGGGGAGUACAGACUCACACGAAUUAACGGCCAAACCGGUCAGCGUCGUUUGGUAUUUAGCGGUCUCAAUAUGACAUUUAUAGACCGCGCACUGGAGCCUUUUACUGGAUACCGAUACGUUAUUGAGGCUUGUACUACGCAAUGUGCAACAGCGGAAAUGACAUCACUUAUCUACACUGACCAGGCCGCCCCCGCUUAUGUCAAUGCAACUAUUUUACUUCCGGUGAACUACAGUGCUAUAAACGUGACAUGGAUGACACCUCCUAAGCCAAAUGGAGACAUCAUUCGUUACAACGUGAGUCGUGUGGUCAACAGCACUUUCAAGAUUCGUUUGAAUCCUAAUGACAAAGGCCUGGGUAUGAGUCUUUUGAUUGGUGGAUUACAGCCGUACACAAACUACACUUUCGAAGUUAUCGCUUGUACAAAAGUAGGUUGCACAGCAAGUCCGCUGGCAUCCACACGAACACUGCAAGCACCACCUGAAGGUGUUCGUGCGCCGAACCUGACCGUCACCGGCGCGCGAGAAAUCGAGGCCACUUGGACAGAACCAGAUAUUCUUAAUGGCGUGAUAGUAAAAUACUCGCUCUUUAGAGGAAACUUGCUUGUCUAUAAUGGCACGGAUGUUUGUUAUAAAAAUAACGAAGGCAAGGAUGUCUGCAUCUUUGAAGAUAAAGGAAAUGGUUUACAACCUGUAACUACAUACAGCUAUUCAGUUGCUGCCACUACUGGCGGGGGUACUACUCGUAGCGGUGUCACUACUGCCACCACCCCCGAGAGUUCGCCCGAGGCUAUUCCCAAACCACGCCUUGCUGUUCAAAGUGCUUACAGUAUACUCGCAGAAUGGGAUGAACCAGGUCAACCGAAUGGGAACAUUACAGGCUAUGCAGUGGUUGUGAAUGGAACUGAAUAUGAUGUUGGGCUGAAUAAAAGUAAGUUAAUCACGGGACUGAAUCCAUUCACCGUCUAUUCUGUCCGCGUCAAGGCUUGUACAGCAAAAGGCUGUGGAUUAGGAGAUCGUGAAUACGCUACUACCAGCGAAGCUGCACCCAUCGGUCAAGGGGCUCCCACGCUAGUGGCGCAGGAAUGGAACAUUGUGCAGAUUUCGUGGUCUCCUCCCAGCUCCCCGAAUGGAAUCAUCACUCGUUACGAGAUAUAUCGCAGGGUUGGAAGCGGCGCUCCUCUUGUCGUCUGUGUUACAACGCAGUUAACGUGUCUGAACAGCGGUUUGUUGGGUUACACUGAGUAUUCCUACAGAGUACGAGUUCGAAAUAGUGCGGGCUCUGUAGACGGACCGUGGAGGAACGUACGUACCCUAGAAGGACCCCCACAAGGUAUCAGCCCACCCUCUCUGAAUGUGCUCAACUCUACUGCUAUUUACGUUUCUUGGACAGCACCCUCUCAGCCCAACGGUAUUGUCACGCAUUAUGAAGUGCGUUACCGAGAAGAGUUACAAGUCCCUGGUAACGCCAACAUCACUGUAGCGGCACGUGUUGCUAGUAACGUCCGGAACAUCACGGUGAAUGGUUUAAAGCCGUAUACGGACUAUCAGUUCUUGAUUGCCGCAAUAAACAGUCGUCGAGAAGGGACCAGUGCUUGGGCGAUAGCUAAGACCAGACAAGCCCCACCAGCCGACCUUAGACCUGUCCAAGCCGAUAAAGCAGCGGAUGGUAAAAGUAUGCGCUUGUUCUGGGAUGAACCAGGAAGUCCAAACGGUCUCAUCACGCACUAUAACCUCUACCAAGACGGAGUUCAAAUAUACCGAGGUGCACGACGCGAGUAUACAGUCUCGAGACUUAUUCCUUACACCUCGUACGAGUUUCAGUUGGAGGCAUGCACGGUAGCGGGCUGCACGCGAGGCCCCUCGCAAGUCAUUUUCUCCGCCGAGAUAAACCCUCAAGGACAAGCUCCGCCACUUAUUGGAUUUAAAAACGCAACAGCCAUUCAGCUCACCUGGAAACCACCAGUCGUUCCAAAUGGUGUGAUUAUCCGCUAUGAGAUCUAUAGAACGGUGACAGAAGUGCAGAGCCGGCGAAAACGCGCCGUCGUGCUGUCUUCGUUGGUCUAUUCCACCAAUGAUACAAACCAGACGGAUUACCAGUACAUGGACACGGGAUUAAUGCCUUACAGAAGCUACAGUUAUUUUGUGAGAGUAGUCAACAAGGGUGGGUCCACUGACAGUGACCAGGUUACCGUGACAACAGACCAAGCUCCUCCCGCAUCUAUGGACGCCCCACGUGUAACAUCCGUGGACGCUCAUUCUUUGAACGUGUCAUGGACAAAGCCGCUUGAGCCGAACGGCGUGAUACAGUAUUAUAUUGUGUUUAGGAACGGUUCUGUCAAACACAAGAAAAACGAGUUGAGCUUUUUAGAUCAAGGUUUGGAUCCUUACACCGUCUAUAGCUACACAGUUGAGGCAUGCUCCGGGGGAGGCUGUACAGAAAGCUCUCCGUCAAGCCGUCGUACAUCUCAGGCUCUGCCCUCAGGAGUACACCCCCCUGUUCUACAAGCGCUGAGUGCGGUAGCUAUCAGAAUAUCUUGGAGAAUGCCGGAGAAGCCCAAUGGUGUUAUCACCAAGUAUCAACUCUUCCAGGCUGGAGAGGAUUUCCGGCUCCAUGAAGGCCUUGCAAUGUCAUUUGACAUCAGCAACAAGGAGCCGUACACUAAGUACUCAUUUUACAUCAAAGCUUGUACUGUCGCGGGGUGCACACAGGGUCCUGCAGCUGAGGUCCGCACAUUAGAAGCCAAACCAGAAGGACUUGAUGCUCCAACUGUCACUGUUGGCGGCUCGGCGUUUGUGCGUGUUGAAUGGAACGCUCCACGAGAGCCAAACGGCUUAAUCUUGUAUUAUCUUAUAACGCGAAAUGGUUCUCAAGUAUAUAACGGCACUGAUUUGCGAUUCCUUGAUUAUACCAUUGCUCCAUUCACAGUGUAUGCGUACGUUGUGACGGCAGUCAACUCUGCCGCCCGCUUGUCGAGCCCGGCUGGAUAUAGUCCGCCUACAAAUCCUGGUGCACCAGAUAAUGUCAGCACAGCAACGCUUGAAGUUCUUAGCCCGACGUCUAUGAAAGCCACCUGGUCUGUGCCGGGAAAACCAAACGGCGUUAUAACGAAAUACGAAGUGCUGUAUAGUUUUAAAGGAGCUCAAGGGAACGCUCAAAUUAGAAACGCUGGUCUUGCAAAGGAGCUCACCUUGACUGGUUUACAGCCUUACACAGAGUAUGAAGUAAGAAUUCGCGCUUGUACAAAGGAAGGAUGCAGCACUGGCGAGGCAGCGUCCGCACGGACGCACGAAGCGCCCCAGAAGGUCAGAGUCCUCCGGACUUCCCAAGCUUGCAUAUCACUGCCAGGAGAGUGUUAGUGAAUUGGAAUGAGCCACAAAAGCCUAAUGGGUUCAUGUUACUCUAUCGAAUACACCGACGCGGUUAUUCUUUGUCUGGCAAUCAGCAGCAGGUUUAUGGAGCGGUUGUUUCUGUAGCGAACUUGACAAACGGCUCCGUGUUGGAAUUCAACGACACAACUGUGAAGCCAUAUUUCAGAUAUCAGUACCGUAUUAUUUCUGCUAACAGCGCUGGUGAGACGGAGAGCGAUUGGUCAGUAGUGCAAACAUUAAGCGCAUCGCCUGAACAACUCAAAGCCCCGCAGGUCAACAGAACGCAUUCGUUUAGUUUGGAAGUGUUAAUCGUAGAACCUGGGACUCCGAAUGGUGAAAUAAGAAACUACAUUUUAGAAGUUUCUGGUGAAAAUAAAUCUGAAGGUUUGACUACUCUACGGGAAGUCUCCGGGCUCGAGCCCUUUACUGUGUAUGUGCUACGUGUUUACGUGUGUACUGAUGGUGGGUGCGCUAUGGGACCCAGUGUUAACUGGAGGACUGCGGAGGGAGCCCCUGCACAGUUCUCUGCUCCACGCCCAGUGGAGAUAAAUGCUACUACAGUUGUGCUGGAAUGGGACGAGCCGGGAAAACCCAAUGGAAACAUUCAACGGUGAGUCAUUGUUUUUCUUGUUAUCAUUGUUGUUGUCGUUUUUCUUGGUAGUAGAGGAAACAGGCUGGCGCGGUGGUGAGAUCACUUGCUUGCCUGACCUUUAUGAACCGGCGCUUUUAACGCGAAGGUCACGGUGCAUGUGGCUUCUGCCUCUUAUUUUUCCUGUUCCUUGCUCUGAGAGGCUUUCCUCCGAGUACUCGUGUUUUUACCUCUCGUCGUGAACCGCCUUUUAAUUUGAUCUGGAACAUACGACCACUUGUUAAACAGUUCUUAUGAAAAACUUGUUAUCAGUUUGUGAUACUUAUAUUUGUUAAAAAAUGAAUGUUUUUUUAUUGUUUUGUUGUUGUUGUUUGUUUUUGGAUUUUUAUUAUUUCUAAGGUCUUCCGAGGCGGAUAAGCAGGGGGACAAGGGUUGUGGCUUGAUGAAAGGGCCUCUCAGAGAGUGUGGGGUCGCAACAGUGAUGUAACGCUUUCCUGGGUGGGAAAGGAGGUUUUGCCCUGCAUAGGCUCUAUGUAUUUGCCCACUUUGAUAGAGUUUUCAAUCCAUUUAGUCUGGUUUAUGGUUUAUGAAUCAGACAAUUGUGGUCUAGAAAAUGUUAACACUUAUGGAAAUUGGUCAGGAUUGUAGUUUCUGGGUCAAAGUUACUCCUGGUAAAGUAAGGGAUUUUAAGGGUUUAAGGGACAAACUGAAACACUACAUUCCAUGUGUAACCAACUGUCGUGAGCAACCACCUCCGACGACUGACAAUCGAAAACACCAAAAUUUUCCCAGUAAAAGCCUUACAGUUGGAGCCUCCAGUAAACGACCACCUCCUGAAAGCGACCGCAACCACUUUUUGGACCUGACGGUUAAUGAUUUUCUAUUUUUUUAACCUCUUGUAAGCGAUCACUUGACGCUUUUUCUGAUCCCUAUGUUAGCUGUGUGCACUAUGCUACUUAGAACAUACGACGAACUUUAGUGGUAUGGCAACAUGGAACUGCACAUGUCGUAACCUAGACAUAGCAUGGAAUAAAGUAAUGUAAAGUAGAUGUGCUUGAACCUCGGCUCGGAAAAGGCGCCCUGUGGUUCGAUUCUUUUUAACGACCACCUCUCGUAAGCGACCACUCAGUCUUUGCAUUUUUAGUGGUCGCUUACGGGAGGUUCGACUGUAUUAGACUACGAGCAGUCUCUUUUCUUUGGAGUCACAAUUGCUCCAGGGCACGCGUGAGGGGGCGACGAAGAGCGAGGCCGAAGCGCAACAGUAUACUUAUUUCAUUGUCUUUUUACAGGUACGAGGUCCUGUAUCAUGAGUCCUGUGCUGUUGGCUGUCCUACAGGCUUACCUGAGAGUGGCACAAAUGUAGGUCUGUUACGGCGGCAUGUAGUGCGAGACUUGUCUCCUUACACUAUGUAUAACUUCAGGAUACGUGUCUAUAACACGCUGUACUCAAGUCUGUCAGAUGAGCAGACCGUCAGGACCCAAGCAUCAGGUAUGGUGAUAGCUCAGCUACUUAUAUGAGUGUCGCCAAGCUAAAUCGAAGCAAUUGCCUCAAUCAUGGACAAAAGUCUUUUGGUAAAUUUGCAUUUGUGCGGCUUUGCUCUAGUCACCCAUGCCCAAGCCCUCCCUCCACUCCACAAACAAAGUUGUUUUCCCGAGUGUCAACAUGGUGUAGGGUGGGGGAGGGAGAACUGCAUGAUCUUUUUCGAAAAGGUUGAACUGUUUAAUGAGGACACCCACAAAUUUAAAAAAUAUAUAUGAAUACUGUAUCACUGUCCCAAGGGAGUUUUUCCAGGGUUAUAGUUCUCAACAUGCACCUAACAUCAAAUGAGCCAAUCAGAAUUCGAAACAAACUUAUGUAGCCGGUCCAAGUGUGGGAACGCGAGUGAGCUAGUCAGGAUAAUGAUUGGUUGAAAAGGUGGUGAGUGAUUUUGUCCAACCACGAGGAGCUACAUGUACCGUAAACUGCCGCUUUUAUUUGUUUUGCGGGAAAACAUUUAAGAGCUUACCAUUGUUUGCAAGCUUGGGCUAAAGGUUCGCGCAUGCUCAUUUCGUAAUUCUGCCCUGAACCCAGUUAUAAGCCCAUCUACCAGUAAACAGGUUUGUAAGCCCUCCUCAAACCCGUUACAAAAAGAUGAAAAAGUUCAGGGCUCAUAAGGGGCCGUUUACGGUGUAUGUUUUGAAUUCUGAUUGGCUCAUUUGAUUUUACGCUCUACACGAUUCUCUCCAGCUCCCAUAGUCACGAAUGUAAGACCACGAGUGAAUGUGAGCGGGUUCCAGGUAGCCGUGGACUGGAGCGAGUCCUUCAUCCUCAACGGUCCAUUGGAUACUUAUGAGUUGUUGGAAAACGGGCUACUAACUUAUGAGGGGCCGCAGAACAAGAGAAACCUGGGAACUAGAAAUGUUGGAGAAUACACUUACAUAGCUAAAGCCACCACUUUAGUCCAGGGGAGAAAGAUCACCGUGACAUCGCCUCCUAGUGGUACAGUGCAAAUACAAGGUAAGUAUCCAGUGAGGCGUGACACUUGAGCCUUCUGUCUUAGGAUAGAUGCACGCUAUCGACGGUGUUAGGAGUCGUCCCUAAUUAAAAUCAAGUCGUGAAGUCUGAAGUGGACAUCAAAAGAAUCGAGUCUAGCCCGUGUUACCGACGACACUAAACCUUUUGUUAAGUCUGUCAGCGAGUCAGCCGAAAUCCUUGUUCUGCGUACCCACUAGUGUACAGAAUUUGAGUACGCGCCAUAGUUCUAGUCUCCCUCGCAGCCGUUUUUUGGAUGUCACACGAGCGUUGCGUGACAUCCAAAAAACGGCUGUGAGGGAGGCUAUGAUUAGUCAGGUUGAAGAAAAAUUCGAAACGCACUUCUGGUAAUGCAUGGAGUCCAUUGAGGGCCCCGAACAAGGAUAUCAGGGCUGCUUUGCAGGCUUAACCAGCCCGGGUGAGAUUACAGCAAAAUUUGUGGAUCUUAACAAUCCUUUUUGACAGAGACGGCCAUUUGUAUUGUCGAACAACCGAAGCAAAGUAUGGGCUACCGUUUUGUUUUUUAGCACCAUAAAGCACCAGAAAGUCAUACAUGUCAAUUUUUUUUUUUUUUUUUUUUUUUUUUUUUUUUUCUGCCAUAUCUACAGGACCAUGGUUCGCUACCGUGACAACGUGACGUAACGACUUCUCCUCUCCAUACUAUUAAUAGAUUUAUAAUUCCUACAAAAUCCUUUUUCGUGUAAAAUUGCUUUUUGCAUUCGUAUCUUUGACAAACGUGGCAUUCUUGGGGGAAAAAGAGUUAUUCGGCUGUCCCCAAAGUUCCGAUGAAAAGGAUUUAUAGAUCCUUUUCCUGUGUUGCUUUUUUCGAGUAAGCGGACCCAUAGGUCAAACAGUAAUGUGAGUUUCUGCCUGACCGUUUUCAGGUGAAGUCGAACCUGGAACUACAGCGCCACGCACUGAUUCAGAAGAGUGGUAUAGUAGCGCGUGGUUCAUAGCUGUCAUGGCGCUGGUAGCCAUCUUGAUCCUGUUUAUCCUGUUAGCGCUUUGCCUGUGGCGAACAAGCGGAAAUAGAACGGUUUACGUGCGUGAUCGAGAGCCUUUGCCUCCACGCACUAAACUCAGGUCCAGGCCCCCGUCAAUGUCCAGUCUUUACACGUCCAGUGACAGGAAGAACGGAAGCAUGAUUGUAAGUUCUUUUUUGUUUUGUUUAUCGCGGUAGCGCUGCCUCAAAAGUACAAUCAGCCGCCGGUGAUCUCAUUACCCGCGAAGACGACCAUUGAAAAAGACAGGAUAUGCGUACUUGCUCACGAGUCACGUGACAAGUCACAUGCAUGCAUCAAAAUUGGGAUGGGAGUGUUUCUGAUCAAAUAUUUAACGAAGGUGCAGUGUUCAAUAAUCAGAUAAGAAACUAGUAAUUAGAUCUGUCCAUUUGGACACUCAUCGCUUUUUUUGGCAAGGAAAACAAGCAGGAUGCAUCCAGGAGUACAAUUUAUUGAACGUGAAAACACCCAUUGAACAAUGGCUUUUUUGUAUUUUCUUCAUCAUCAAUCAGGACAUGCAGCCGAUGCCAAUGCCGUACUAUAGCAGUACCACCGCCUUGUAUGACAGCACAGAGCGUCUCAACAGACUGAAUGAACAGUAUGGCUCUUACCGGUCUGGCAGUGGACACAAGGUCCCUCUGGAUGUAAGUCAGGACUGGGAUGGAUACUUCAAGACCUACAGCAGGGACAGGGAUUCUGGACUGGUGAGAAACUCUUUCCCGGCCUUCUACUCCAGUGAUGUCCUUUUUUCCAAAAAAAAAAUACUGCACAAAUCCGUCUGUAAAUCGUUGUAAAGCCAAUUAAACCUGUAAUCUAGUAAAAUGCACAGAAAAUAAGGUUUCAAACUGAUAAUGGACGGAGGGGGAAGUGAUCUCCUAGACAAUUCGUCUUUGAGCAGCAUUUUUGAUGAUAAACCUACUGCAGACAUCCACCCUAGCCCAGGGUGCAUUCAUCUUGCCACUGGCGAUAUGGUAAAAAAUUUAUUCCAAUUUCAAGGUUGUGUUUGAAGUCCAGACCCUCAAUAUUAUCAUUUGUCCAUUAAAUAUUGCUUGCUGCGACUUAUUUCCCUUCCCUUGUAGCCCAGCUGAUUUUGAAACGCACAUUUCCCUUCUAUCAAGCGCGCUUUUUAUUUUCCUCAGGGAAGGCGUUUGAAAAUGUAACCCCCGGGCUUCUUUGGGAAGUUUACAACAUUUCAUAAUCCACAAUGUGUUUGAAGACGUUUCCGUAUAUUUCUGACACUAAUUUAAUUCUUUUGUUCGUAGUACGACGAUGAAAAACUCGACUACUCAGACAGCGAGCCUGGUACACCUUACCAGACAUUCAAGCGGGAGCAGUACUUCACAGAUACACAUUUAUAAUAUUAAUCUUCUAGUAACUGUUGUAAUAAGUAAAUUGUAUAUUUUGUUAUAUAAGUAUUCUUCUAACCAAUGUACCUUUCGGUAUAAAAUUUUAUCUCUCGCAGAUAUGAGAAAGUGUGAUG